UACUGCACAAUUAUGCACUCUUCCAAGAAAAGAAACAAAACUCCUCAAAAAUGGAAUUAGCAAAACGUCAAUUAAAUUGUCCCCUUUAACAUUUUCCCAAAGAUAUGGAACCAGCAGAAUCUUCCAAUAAUGCUGUAUAUUUCAAUUGUAUAAUAAAUAUCGACAUGUAUAGGGGGGUGAAAGCAGAGGAUAUUAAUCAAAUGAAAAAAAGAAAGAGAAAUGGGUGGGUGUUGUUGCUCUCCUGAUGCUGACAUAACGCACUGUGCAUAGCGAAUUGCACGGAAAAAGCAAGAAAGAGAGAUUUCCAAUUGGUCCUUUUCCCCUCUCUCUAGACUUUGUUGCAAUAUAUAUGGCGUUAUCAGCUACAUUAGUUCAUCACUAUUCUCCCCGCCCUUCUUUGUCUUGCAAUUCCUGUUCAUCUUCUCCUUCUUGUUCGUCAUCUUCUUCAUCCUUUGAUCAACGCCGAGGGUUCAAUUGGAAAUUCCUCAGCUUUUCUGGGAUAAACAACAUCUUGAGAAGUCAAAGCUAUAAAGCCCAUGCGAUGAGUACAACUGAAGGAAGUAUUGUGUCACCGAAAGGCUUGAUGGACAUGGAGGAAGAACCUGAGCAUCUUCUAGUCCUUGUUCAUGGCAUCUUAGCAAGCCCGGGUGACUGGACGUAUGUUCAAGCAGAGUUGAGGAGGCGGUUGGGAAGAAACUUUUUGAUAUAUGCAAGUUCAUGUAAUACGUAUACUAAAACCUUCACAGGGAUUGAUGGAGCUGGAGAACGACUAGCAGAUGAAGUUAGGCUGGUUGUGAACAAAAGAGAAAGCCUAAAGAAGAUAUCCUUUUUAGCUCAUUCUCUUGGUGGAUUGAUUGCAAGAUAUGCAGUUGCCGCACUUUAUUCAUCAAAUGGUAGUGAGCAGACCGAUGAUACAGUCACUUCAACUAAUGCAAACCUCAAACCAGUAGGCUCCUUAAAUGAAGGUUUGAUUGCUGGCCUGGAGCCAGUCAAUUUUAUUACCUUGGCAACACCACAUCUGGGUGUGAGAGGGAAAAAUCAGCUUCCUUUUCUCUUCGGGUUGCCAAUCUUGGAGAAAAUUGCAGCACCUAUGGCUCCUAUUUUUGUUGGUCAAACUGGUAGUCAGCUCUUCCUUACUGAUGGCCAACCUACUAAACCACCUCUGCUGCUAAGGAUGGCAUCAGACUGUGAUGAUGGAAAAUUUAUAUCAGCGCUUGGUGCUUUCAAAUGUCGUGUUCUAUAUGCUAAUGUCUCUUAUGAUCAUAUGGUCGGUUGGCGUACAUCAUCUAUAAGGAGGGAGACAGAGCUCGUUAAGAAUUGGCAGCCCCCUUGGCGAUCGUUGGAUGGCUACAAACAUGUAGUAGAUGUGGAAUACUGUCCUCCAGCUUCAUGUGAAGGACCCCAUUACCCCCUCGAGGCAGCCAAAGCAAAGGAGGAAGCUCAAAAUGCAGCAAGCACGCAAAGUACAUUAGAAUAUCAUGAAAGUAUGGAAGAGGAAAUGAUAUGUGGCUUGCAACAGUUGGGGUGGAAGAAAGUUGAUGUUAGCUUUCACUCGGCGUUCUGGCCCUUUUUCGCGCAUAACUUUAUCCAUGUGAAGAACGAAUUCUUUCACAAUGCUGGAGCUGGAGUAAUUUCUCAUGUGGCCGACCACAUAAAGCAACAAGAGAAGCAACCUGAGUCGUCCUCAUUAAUUACCCCUAGCUUGUAGCUCUUAUAGUUGUACAGGAAGCAAUUCAGCGUAUAUAUAAAUGACAUCAAAACGCUAAAAGCUUGAUCCUUUUUUAUUUUGAUGGAUACUAUAAAUGACUGCAAAUGCAUGUUUGUCCCAAAGUUGCUGGUUUAUUUGUUUAUACCGGCUUGUUUCAACCUGUGUCGAAGCGAGGAAUUUUGCUAAGUGUAUUCAAGAUUUAAUAUACAUGUAUUAAAAGUAAUAUUUGCCCUA